AUGGGUUGUGCUCAGACGAAGCCGUCCAUGGAUUCUCCUCCUCGAGGAUUAGCCAAGUUGAAGUUGGAAAAUGGAUAUGUUAAAGCGAGAAGAUCGACAGGUCAAAGGUUUUCCAAUAAGGAACCAGGUCGAGUUUUGAGACCUGAGGCAAGGAAUGGAAAAGGAAAUUAUGUUAGUAAUGGGAAGUCAAAUUUAGGUAACGAACGGGCUCGAGAAGGGAAGAUGACGACGACUAUAGAUGAAAGUAGAAAGAGUAGUAGUGGUGGUGUGAAUGAUAAUAUUACUCGAAAGACUGAUCAAAUAAAGAAGGCUGGAGAAGAUGAGCUUGUGGAUGGUUGGCCUAAGUGGUUAACUGAUAAUAUUCCCAAAGAGGUUUUGAGAAAUAUAGUCUCAAAAAGUGCUGAAUCUUAUGUGAAGAUUGACAAGGUAGGACAAGGAACAUAUAGCAAUGUAUAUAAAGCUCGAGAUAAGGAUACCGGUAAGAUUGUUGCUUUGAAGAAAGUCCGUUUUGACACAUCAGAACCGGAGAGCGUGAAAUUCAUGGCCCGAGAAAUAAUGAUCUUACUAAAAUUGGAUCAUCCAAAUAUUGUUAAGCUCCAAGGAUUGGCCACUUCAAGAAUGCAGUAUAGUCUUUAUUUGGUUUUUGAUUAUAUGCAGUCGGAUUUAGCCAGAAUUCUAUCUCGACCAGAUGAAAGGCUCACAGAACCGCAGGUUAAGUGUUACAUGCAACAACUGCUUUCAGGCCUGCAGCAUUGCCAUGAAAGGGGAAUUUUGCACCGAGACAUUAAGGGGUCGAAUUUACUAAUUGAUAGAAACGGGAUGCUGAAAAUCGCGGAUUUUGGACUUGCAAAUUUUUACAAUCCCGAGAAAAAGCGUCCCCUCACUACUCGUGUUGUGACACUCUGGUACAGAGCACCCGAACUACUGUUAGGUGCUACGGAUUAUGGGGUUGGUAUCGAUCUUUGGAGCGCUGGAUGUCUCAUGGCCGAGAUGUUUGCUGGGAGGCCGAUUAUGCCUGGUCGAACGGAGGUUGAACAAACCCAUAAAAUUUUCAAACUCUGCGGCACUCCUCCGGAUGAUUAUUACAAAAGACUCAAGCUGUCAACUGCCCUCAAGCCUCCACAGACAUUUAAGUCUUGUCUUCGAGAAACGUUCAGGAACUUUCCGGCAUCUUCUUUGGGCCUUUUAAGCAUUCUUCUCGCUCUCGAUCCUGCAUUUCGUGGCAGUGCAGCGUCUGCUCUCCGACAUGAAUUUUUCCAUACAAGCCCUUUACCAUGUGACAUUUCUGGUUUACCUGUAAUUUACAUCGAGGAUGACGACCAAGAUCAGACAUUUGAAAAGCGAAAGUAAGAAUUAAGCUACCUGUACACUUUCUUUGACAGAAAUGAUGACUGAUGAAAUUUCUCUUGCUGAUAUGGAGUUUGUGGGAAUUAAAAAUAAAUAAAUAAAUAUAUAAAAAAAAGCUGAAAUGUUCCUGAAAAUUUCAUCCGUCAUAAUUUAUGUCAAUUGGGAUGUACAAGUAGCAAGGUCCGUGAAACUAAAUAUCUUUUUCAUAUUUAUCAAAAAAGAUUUUGCUAGUAUUAAUUCUGCGACCCUCCGAUAAAUAUGCUGAAAGGAACACCAGGAUAUAGCAUUGGCCCUUCUAUCAAACUAAUGACAAGUUUGAUAAGGUCGAUUAGAUAAAACUCGAAAGUGUUAAAGAAACUUAUUGUUUGUCUAUUAUACUAUUCAAUAGUCUAAUACUGAUCACUUUUAUACAGGCAC